UUGUUUUCGUUUUUAUCACAGUUCACGAAUUUUUCUUAUUGGCAUUGCGGUGUAGCAAAGAAUGCAUUAUCAACUUGCAAAUAAAAGAGUAGCAAGGAAAUCAGCGUAAUUUUAGUAUUAAUUCCGAAUAAUCCAAAUUGGAAGUACACUGAGCCUAUAGGUGCAUGAAUAUUGUUUUAGCAAUGAAAACCUUGGAGGACAUUCAAAAUGAAUUUCCGCUGCACUGGCUUGUGUGGAGCAACAGCGUUGAAGAGCUAAAACGGGUGUUGAAAACGGAAACGGUGGAAAAAGAAAAAAUCGAUCCCCGCGGGCGGACACCAUUGAUGUUAGCCGUUAAAUUAUCACAUUUACAAUGUGUCAAGUGCCUUUUAGCAUCGAAAUGUAGCGCCAGCUAUGAGCAUGAGGGAUGGUCAAUUGUUCAAGAAGCCGUAUGUUCUGGAAAUGAAGAGAUACUUACUGCGAUCUUAGAAGUCCGAGACUUGCAACGUCAUGUGCAACGUGUAACGCAUGUACCUAAAUUGCUUCAGCAUCUCUUAGAUGCACCUGACUUCUAUAUUGAAAUGAAAUGGGAGUUCACAUCUUGGGUACCCCUUAUGUCUCGUCUUUGUCCUAGUGAUACCUACAAAGUUUAUAAACGUGGUGCAAACGUUCGAAUCGAUACAACAUUACUUGGUUUUGAUAAUAAUACAUGGCAAAGAGGGAAUCGCUCUUACAUUUUCAAAGGUUCAAGAGACUCUGCCACGAUGAUAGAAAUCGACCAUGACACUCAUGAGGUCACUGAAGAGCAAAUGAAUAGUGAUAUAGGAGAUAUUGUGGCCAUACCACCACCAAUUGGAGCAGUGCGUGCAAGGCUUAACGCACCUGUUAUUACGAAUAAUAUUGAAAUGGACAAGAUUAGCUUUGAACGAAACAAGUCUGGCAUUUGGGGGUGGCGGAGUGAAAAAUCAGAAUCAAUAAAUGGGUAUAGUUGCAAGGUAUAUGGUGCCAGUAAUGUGGAAUUUAUUACGCGAACCAGAAUGGACCAUUUGAAUGAUGACCAAAUAAAGAAUAAAUGUUCGCGCACACCUUUACAUAGUUUUUUGGGAGUUGCUGAUGAUGAAUUUCACAAUACAAGUUCUAAUGAAGGAUUAAAUUCCAAAGAUCUGACGCCUCCCCUCUCCGAAACCGCGCUUUUGGAUACAAGUCCCGAAAAUAGCAACGACGAAGAAAACAUUAGUAUUAACUCUGGCACUACUUCACCUAAAUAUGUAAUUACUCCAGAGGAAUACUUUUCGGUAGAUAUCGAUUUGAAUGGGCGAGAUAUUGGUCGGCCAAAGAAAGUCACAACAAAGAUCCAGAGAUUCAAGGCCAACUUAUGGCUAAGCGAAGAAUAUCCUAUGCGUUUACAGGAACAAGUUCUACCUAUCCUUGAUUUAAUGUCCACUAUGGCUAGCCCUCAUGUGUCAAAAUUGAAAGACUUUAUCACAAUGCAACUGCCAUCUGGUUUUCCAGUAAAAAUUGAAAUUCCCCUCUUCCACGUCUUAAAUGCAUGUAUCACGUUUGGUAAUGUAUUUGCAAUGACAAACCCAGUAGAUCAUGUAACUACAAUUAACGAAGGUGACCGUAUAACUUGUGUAGUAGAUGAUCGUUGCUUUGAUAUACCGGCCCAUUAUGCUAAUAAAGAUGCGGAUUUGCGGCGACAGUUGCCUUUGGAUGAAGAUGACAUGUUGCAGUAUGCUAUUGAACAAAGUAUGACAGAAACGACGGAUGCCGCUGUAGCUGCUCCUCACAUUUCAGGAGAUUCAGAUAAAGUGGAUAUUUGGGAGGCACUUCGUGGUCAAGGAACUGAUGGGAUUGUGGACGAGGAUGAACAAUUACAGAGAUUAAAUCAUAGUAAUCGUAUAUCCCCAAAUCGGAGUAUUGGUGAUGCUCCAGGAUAUACAAAGUCAAAUACAAAUAAUUUCCAUACCUACAACAAAACGGAAUUAAAUAGCGUGAAAGCUCUUGAUACAAAUUUGUCAUCUAAUCGUGGUCGCUACACAUCCGCACCGUCAAAUCAAUUUAAAACCGAUAUAACUUAUAUGAAAAAAAUAUUUAAAUAGUUGGCAAAAAAAAAACUAGUAAUCAAUCUAUCCAUUUUCAUCCGCCAUUUUGAUAUGAAACUGCCCCAAAGUUCUUCAGAUAUUUAAAUGUCUUAUAAUACUUAAUACCAAAUAAGGUAUUUUCAGUCAAAAUGUCUUUACCUAAUUUUAUUCACAGACUUUUGUAGGGAUGGAUGACUGAAGCUGUAUAAAAUCGGAUCUCGUGAAAGAUUCAAUUAAUUUUAAUUGACUUUUGCCUAUAUUUAGAAUAUAUCUGCCAUGAAAGGUUUAUGUCUUUCGAGGCCUCCAAAGAAAUCAGUAUUCCUUCACUUAAUAACAACUUAAAAAUUGAAAAGUUUUUGGAAUUUUUUGCUUGUUUUUCAAGGUUUUAAAUUAAUUCAUUGCGGAAAUUCAUAUAUAUAUUUCAUUAAUAGUACGGGUAAACAAAUAAUCAGUUAGUUGAAAACGUUUUUAUUUUAACAACGCUUCUAUCAAAAUUACAAAUCAUCAGUGUUUACGAAGAAAUAUUUUAGAAAAAAUUUGCAGCGAAAAAGUGAAACUUUCUUUGUAAACACUGAGUUCUUAAGUAGUCAUUGUAUUGAGUAAACGCUAUUUGCUUCGUAUAUCCCAUUCGCUUAACUUUGAUGAAUAGGGUACUACAAGAGUCAUUAUGCGGUGCAGCUCAUACUACUGGGUCACCAAUCACAGAUGACGACGAUGACGAUGGUGGUUUUCGCUUUAUGGA